CGUGACAUAACUCGGUCAUAUGUUAGUUGCUAUUGGACCACUUUGAAGGCGGACGCAUGGUAACAAAUCAACAAUUGAUGCAGUCGAUUUUGCAUUACCAACUGAACAGUCACCAAAUAUAAUCCAGCGUCGAGCGACCAGUUGAGACAGAAGCAAUGAUUAUGAAGCUAAUUUACCUUUGUUUAGUGAGCGAUGUUACUGCUAUGCUGAAGACGGGAUCUGGAGUUAAAUGGACAAAAUUUGACAAUGUGAUAAUGUCAUCACACAUUAUGUCUGAAGUUUCAAAUAUUUACAGGGGUAUAUGGUGUGUAUUUCUGUGCCUUCAGAACAAAGCUUUUGUGUCUGUGUUCUUUAGAGGGCAACACCGGCGGUGUCAGUUUCAUGACGUGCUGUUCAUGUCGCCUGAGGACGGAGAAGAAGAGAUAGGUACCAAAUACUACAGCUUCACAACAGAUGCAUGUCCAUCUGGCUACGUCCACAACCGCCUCCUCAACUUCUGCUACCAGGUUCAUACUGACCGUACCCCCCAUAAGAAGGCGCUUGCUGACUGUGCGUCCAGAGGAGAACACUUUGUUGUAAUUGACAGUGCGGACAAGCAGAACCACGUCGUCAAGCAGGUCAACUCGUCAUCAGAAAACAGAAAAAUUAACUUCUUCAUUGAUGGUUCAGAUCUGGCAGAAGAAGGGAAAUGGGUAUACCAUGACGGCCGACCUAUGACCUACUUUGCCUGGCGCCCAGGCUACCCGCUUAAUGGAAUUCCUGAGCAGGAUUUCAUCAUCAUCCACAAAUCAAGCAACACUGGCAGUGCAUUUAUGUGGCGAGACAGGAAGAAGAAUAACGCAAACCGCUACAUCUGUCAAAAAGACCUUUGAAUCAAGGAACAUAAAUGGGAGCCAGUUACGUACACGUGACUAUCACGUUACACAGCAUCACCAAACGGGAGCUGUGAACCUUGCAAGAAUGUUCAAUAUGAUUCUAGUCACUCUUUUUAACAAAGUGUUCGAAUAAUUUAUGUUCCUGAUUCAUAUAUUUGUCUUGUAAAAUCGCAGUCGAAUUUUAAAAGGCGUUAAAUGGUUGUUCAUUGCUAAAAUUGAAGUGAACUUGCAUUGACGCCUAGAGCGCUGCUCCAGGUGUUGGUGGUUGGUUUGUUGUUUAACGCCGCACUCACUAAUAUUCCAGCUAUAUGACGGCAGU